AUGCAGUUUCUGCUCCAACAAAUUAUUACUGUGCACAUUGAUUCUUUGGGGUUUGAUAUGAUGGACGUGACCUGGUUCAGUGCCUUGUUACUUGGGGCUGGUUGCCUUGCUUUGGGGUACUUAAUUGGAGCUCGGCAUUGUGCCCGUAUUUUUCUUUCGCCCCGAGUAUCGAAAGGCGCUGAAAUAGUCGUUGACGGUAAACCAAAGAACCGUGGUAAACAACCCCUCCAGAUCGAAAAACUAGCUGACAUUCAUGAAGAUUUCAAAAUGGUUUUGGUUGUGAGGAAUGACUUAAAGAUGGGGAAAGGGAAGAUUGCUGCCCAAUGCAGUCAUGCUACUUUGGGUCUCUACAAGAAACUUGCAAACCGGGCACCGAAAUCUUUAAACAGGUGGGAGAUGUGUGGGCAGGUUAAGGUUGUCGUAAAAAUUGAAAGUGAAGAUGAUAUGCUUGUUUUACAAGAAAGGGCAAAAUCACUAAACUUACAAACACAUAUCACCAUUGAUGCUGGGAGAACACAGAUCGCUCCUAAUUCAAGAACAGUGAUGGCAGUUUUGGGACCCGCAGAAAUGGUCGACAAUGUGACCGGUGGAUUGAAGCUUUUAUAG